AUGGAGCAUCUCGCUUGUUUUUCCGGUGGAAUGCUUGCACUUCAUUCAGCCAAUGCCGACAAUUCGACAGUAGCUGCGCAUUACCUCGAUCUUGCCGAAAAGAUAGCCCACACUUGCCACGAAUCAUAUAUCCGCACAGCUGUUGGAAUUGGCCCAGAAGCUUUCCGUUUCACCAAAGAUGUCGAAGCUAAAGCUGUAUCCAUGAACGAGAAGUAUUACAUUUUACGACCGGAGGUUGUUGAAACAUGGUUUUACCUUUGGCGCAUUACUAAACAAGACAAAUAUCGAGAAUGGGCUUGGGACGUAGUCCUUGCCUUAGAAAAAUAUGCGAAGGUACGUCCAUACAAAAGUCUCGAUUGUGUCAUCUCCCUUCGUUUCAUCUAUACUUCCUUUGUGGAAGCGGGCUACUCAGGAAUUCGUGACGUGUAUUCUGUUCCCGUCGAACACGAUGACGUUCAACAAUCGUUCUUGUUUGCCGAACUUUUCAAAUAUCUAUACUUGAUUUUCGCUGACGACAAUGUCCUGCCAUUAGACAGAUGGGUUUUCAAUACUGAAGCGCAUCCAUUCCCUGUUCGAAGCUAA